AUGCUGGCUUUCUGGCUCGUAACGCUUUGCUUUCUCAGCUCCACAGUGGCUGCAUGGCCGCUUCAAGACAUCUUUCGAAGGCAGACGGCCACUGCCCCAACGAAGUUCAUGUUCAUCUUUGGAGACUCCUACACCGCUACUGGUUUUAGUAUGUCGGGAACUCAGCCGUCAGUUAGCAAUCCGUUGGGAAAUCCUCCAGUGCCGGGCAUCCGACUAUCAGGAGGAGACAUGUGGGUCGACACAGUCAUGAAAAGCUACGCUCGGAACGGGACUGUAGCGUACGACUUUGCAGUCGCCCAGAACACCGUGAACUCUUCCCGCGUACAAAAUCCUAAUCCGCCCACCCCCAAUGGUGAUUUCCGUGGGCAGCUGGCGCUUUUUGAGAGUACGAUCGGCGCCGCCGCUUCAAGUAAGCUGAAGUGGAAGGCCGCAAAUACUCUCUUCAUCAACUGGUUUGGCAUCAACGAUAUUGUCAUUCAGGCCUUCCAGGGACGAAACGGCAGCACCGCUCAGGCGAUAUUAGGGCCAGACGUUGCAGACUACUUCGGACGGCUGGAGAGACAGUGGCAGUUGGGUGGUCGCAACUUCAUCACCAUCCUAGUCCCUCCAAUCUCAAAAAUUGGAGCAUUCGGCUGGGGAACAGGACCAGAUGCUGCAAAUGUUGCUGCUCUUACGCAAUACUGGAAUGCCCAGAUGCAAAGCGCAAACAGUCAAUUUCAAAAAUUGCAUCCAUACGCCAGCUCCAGAAUCGUAGAUCCGACUGCGACUUUCAAUACCAUCCUGAGCAAUCCCCAGCAAUAUGGAGCCCCAAACGCCACAUGUUGGAGUUUUCCUGAAGGCCAGCCCUGCUUGUGGCACGACUUCGGUCACCCCGGGAUCGUUAUUCAGACAGCGUUUGGAAAGCAAAUGGGCAGUCUUAUCCAAAGCAUCGGGUUCUAA